AUGUCCUUCUUCGGCUUCGGCAAGAGCAGCAAAGGCCCCGAGCCGCCCGCCGCUUCGUCCGACGCGUACGCGUACGAAGAGCCCUCGUACGACUACAGCGCGCCGUCCGUACCGUCGUCGUUCGACUCGUCGUCGCUCGGCAGCAGCAGCAGCGCGGCCUCUUCCAGCGCCGCCGAGAUGCAGCAGGUCAUCCUGGAGGAGCAGCAGCGCGUGCUGAUCCAGCAGGCGAUCGCGAAGAUCACUGCUCUGGCCUGGGACAAGUGCAGCGCCAGCAAACCCGACGCGGAGCUCUCGUACAAGGAGAAGGACUGCAUCAAGAACGUCACGCGCGCGUACCUCGACACGAGUAUGUUUGUGGUCCACCGCCUCAACAAGUCGGGCAGUGCCUGA